AACCAAAACAAAGCCGCUUUUAAACGAUUUCUCAGUGAAUUUCAACAAUAUUCUCGAUAUUUUGGCUUAAAGUGUACAAAACAGGUAGAAAAAAUGGUCAAACUAACGCCAGAACUCAUCAACCAGUCAAUGCAGUACAUAAAUCCGGUGCGCGAUUACGAAUUGGAUCUCAGAGGCUACAAAAUUCCACAAAUUGAGAAUAUGGGUGCCACUUUAGACCAGUUCGAUACAGUCGAUUUGUCCGACAACGACAUCCGAAAACUGGAAAAUUUUCCCUAUUUGCCGCGCAUGAAAAACUUAUUGCUUAACAAUAACCGAAUAACCAGAAUAGCAGACGACCUGGCAGAGACACUUCCCGGCUUACAGAGCGUAAUACUCACGGGAAAUAAUUUACAGGAGCUUAGUGACUUGAAACCUCUCACAAAGCUGCAAAAAUUGGAAACUUUGUCGCUCCUCACGAAUCCUGUUACUUCCAAACAGCAUUACAGAGAAUACAUCGCUUACAAAUUUCCUCGACUGCGUUUACUGGACUUUCGUAAAAUCAAAAUGAAGGAACGUCAAGCUGCCAUUGAAUUUUUCGAGAAUACCAGUAAAGGCAAGAACAUAUUGAGAGAGAUUGCGAAGAAAUCAAAACUCGCUGCAAAUGCUGCAGUCGACGAAAACAAACCGAAAAAGUUGAGCGCAACACCAGCAGAAAUUCAAAAGAUUCGCGAGGCAAUUCGGAAUGCAAGCUCGUUGCAAGAAGUCGAAAGGCUCACGCGUUUAUUGCAAUCCGGGCAAAUUAACGAGGAACUGAAUAAGAAUGGAAAUAAACAAGGAUACGAGCAGAUGGAGGAAAUGGAGGUCCUCAAUUAGUUUAAUUUUUAUUUCUGUCGGUAAGGAAUAAAAUUCACAUCAAAUUUUUAAAACUAUGCGUUUCAAUCGUUUUAUAACUGAUCGUUAAAAUGAUAAGAAAUUAAUUUCCAAUAAAAUAAUUUCGCAGUUUUGUGUGAAAAAAUAC